CUUAUUAGUUUGGGCGGGAAUGGAUCCCUCUCGCUCUGCAAGUUUGUUCACGGCUCUCUCUCCCUCUCUCGCUACAAGUGUCUUCACUACUCUCUCUCUCUCUCUCUCUCUUUCUCUCUCUCAUCUGCGCAGAUUGUUCUCUUUGUUUGAAGUUUCUGAAGGGCCUAUGAGGGAAGGGAUUAGGGUUUUGAAUGUUGCAGAGAAGCCAUCAGUGGCAAAGGCAGUUGCAGGCAUUCUCUCUCAAGGCCGGCUUAGAGUGAGAGAGGGGAGAUCGAGGUACAAUAAGGUGUAUGAGUUCGAGCAUGCGAUAAGGGGGCAACGAUGUCACAUGCUGUUUACCUCUGUUACAGGCCAUCUCAUGGAGAUUGUUUUUCAUGAGAGAUACAAGAAAUGGCAUUCCUGUGACCCUGCUGACCUCUUCUCUGCCCCUAUUCAAAAGCAUGUACCCCAGGACAAACUGGACAUCAAGCGAACUUUGGAAGAAGAGGCUAGGACGUGCCAGUGGCUUGUACUGUGGCUAGACUGCGAUAGAGAAGGGGAAAACAUCGCAUUUGAAGUGGUCGAAGUUUGCACAACAGCAAACCGUAAUCUUGACAUAUGGAGGGCUCAUUUUUCAGCUUUAAUUGACAGGGAAAUUCGUCAUGCUGUGCAAAAUCUGGGUCGGCCCAACCAGCUAUUUUCUGAUGCUGUUGAUGCUAGGCAGGAAAUUGACCUUCGGAUUGGUGCAUCCUUCACCAGAUUCCAGACUAUGCUAUUGAAAAAUGCAUUUGUGCUUAAUAUCAGUGACGAUGAUAAGAAUGUCAUUGUCAGUUAUGGUCCUUGCCAGUUCCCAACUCUUGGAUUUGUUGUUGAACGAUAUUGGGAGAUACAAGCUCAUGAGCCUGAGGAAUUUUGGACAAUCAAUUGUUCUCAUAAAACAGAUGAAGGGAUAGCUACAUUCAAUUGGACGCGUGGACACUUGUUUGAUUACUCAUGUGCCUUGAUUAUUUAUGAGAUGUGCGUGGAAGAACCUACAGCAACAGUCAAGAAAGUCAGUCAUCAGGAGAGGAGAAAGUAUCCGCCACAUCCUUUGAGUACACUUGAGCUCCAGAAACGUGCAUCACAGUACUUUCGGAUGAGUUCGGAGCACACUAUGAAGGUUGCAGAGGAUCUCUACCAAGCUGGGUUCAUCAGCUACCCUCGUACAGAGACUGAUAGCUUCUCACCCAACACAGAUUUGCAGGCACUUGUGAGAGAGCAACAAGGACAUCCUGAAUGGGGUUCUUAUGCCCAACGUCUUUUAUCUCCUGAAGGUCUUUGGAGAAAUCCUAGUAGUGGGGGGCAUGAUGACAAAGCACAUCCUCCUAUUCAUCCAACAAAAUUUUCUGCAGGAGAAUCAAGUUGGAGUCCAGAUCACCAUCGGUUGUACGAGCUUGUCGUUCGCCACUUUCUUGCUUGUGUCUCCCAGCCUGCGAUUGGGGCUGGAACUACUGUUGAAAUAGAUAUUGCUGGUGAAGUUUUUGUUGCAUCAGGCCUCAUGAUUAUAGAGAAAAAUUACUUGGAGGUCUAUCGGUUUGAGUCUUGGGGAGGAUCAACGAUUCCAACUUAUGCUUUUGGGCAACAGUUUAUUCCAACAAGGUUGACACUUGAUUCUAGUGUAACUAGACCCCCACCUCUUCUAAGUGAGUCUGAUCUGUUGAGCUGUAUGGACAAGGCAGGUAUCGGUACUGAUGCAACAAUGCAUGAUCAUAUAAAAAAGCUUCUUGAUCGGUUUUAUGCAAUUAAGGAUUCAAACACACGUUUCUCACCAACAACUUUGGGAGAGGCAUUGGUGAUGGGUUAUGAUUGCAUGGGGUGGGAUCUUUGGAAACCAAACCUGAGGUCAGCUAUGGAGAGUGACAUGAAAGCUGUUAGUGAGGGCAGAAAGACCAAAUCUGAAGUACUUGCUUCUUGCUUACAGCAGAUGAAAGAUUGUUUCUUAGAUGUGAAGUCACACAAGGCAAAACUGUUUGAAACAAUGGGGAUCUUCUUUGAAAGAUCCAACACACCCGGCGGAGAUAACCUGCAUCUGGCUGGAGGAAAAGUUCGCUCUUGCCAGCAGUGCCAGGAAUCUGAAAUGGUGCUCAGGAGAAGACCUGAUGGAAGCUUUAUGGUUGGAUGUUUGCGCUUCCCACUUUGCAGGAAUGUUGUGUGGCUUCCUGGAGCAAUAUCAGAAGCACUGGUCACUGAACAUGUUUGCAAUGUGUGCAAUCCAGAACCUGUUUUCAAGAUUCAGUUCAAGUUCCGCAGGAUGGAGAUACCCCCCAACUUUGAUACAGAACACUUGGGUUGCAUUGGUGGUUGCGACGAGACUCUAAGAGAAUUGAUUCAGAUAUGUGGAACAGGACCUCGCAAUCUUUCUAGUGGUUCAGGAACAAGAGGUAGACAGCCCACUCAAUUCUCAGGCAGUGCUCAGAGACGAAACACAAGCCAAGUAGUUUGUGCGCGUUGUAGGCAGUCAGGUCAUUCUUCCAAUGAUUGUCCUCAGAUUUCACGCUCUCAAGAUGCUCAGAGACCCGGCCACGGAAACUCGAACUCUGGAGGAGCUGAUGUCCUAUGUGAAAGUUGUCAAAUGCCAUGCACUGUGCGUACUGCUAAUACAGAAAAUAAUAGGGGGAGAAGAUUUUACAAAUGUGACAGACAGGAAUGCAACUUCUUUAUAUGGGAAGAUGCAAUCGGAAGCGGCAAUAGAGGAGCUUCACGUGUGAAUGGGAACAGGUCUAGUGUAAGAGGCGGUCAGGCAGGCAGGGGUCGCGGUAGACGGGGUGCACGGAGUGGGGCUGCAACCUUUGUAACAGCAACAGGUGAGCCUGUCUCUGAUAGGAGGUGCUUUUCAUGUGGUGAUCCAUCGCACUUUGCUAACGUGUGCCCCAAUAGAGGGAUGUAGUUGUCUUCAUGCAAUGCAAGUGUAUGGCCCUCAUAAUUUGUUAUUUGGGAAAUUCGACCUCAAUGCGUCCUGCCUGUCUGUGCUUGUGUAUUAGCGAUGCAUGUUGUGAACUUGUGAUGCAUGUUGUAUAUAUGAGUAUUUAUAUUUGGUAAAUCAGUUGAAGCUAUGUUUUGGUAUCAUUGUAUGAGGUUGAAGACUUGAAGCACAAGGGGAAAGCGAGAUCAUCCCUUGCAUAUUGUUUCAAUGUACCACC